AUGUCAGAAAAAAAAAAGAUUUUACAGGAUAUAGAUAGACUGCUGUCAGAGGCAAACUCUGAUCCACAACUAUACCAUGACAACUUAGGACUUUUGAAUGACUUUGUCAUCGAAACUGCCAACAAUACUGCAAUCAGAGAUAAAUUUUCAAGAGAUAAGGAAACUUGGCAGCUAAUUAAAACCAUAUUAGUGAAUUCUCAUGUUGAAGAUAUCAGUGGAUGGUCAGCAGAGGUCAUAUUCUUAUACAAAAGAUUAUUACGUGGUGUGUUCAUUCUGGCAAGAAAUCUAGCUGUAUCGGGUUCAGAGAUUGCACAAGAACUCUUGCUACAAAAUAUUGCAUACAAAAUAUUCAAUAAUUCAUUGAAAGUUGGUAAGCUUGAUGACGGAAUGCAAUUGGCUCUUUACUCCACUAUAUUGAGUUUUCUUCAUAAUAUGAGCUCUAAAUCAGUUGUAUUUGAUCGUUCCUCAUCGAAAGAAUUAUUUGAAUUUCUGCAUUUCCCGGUGAAACUCAACUAUGAGUAUACAAAAGAUAUUUUACUACCUUACUUAUUGUAUUUCAAGGAUUUAAUCCAGCACGAUGAUUUUCUGUAUUAUUUUUUGCGGUAUGAUAAGGUUGACAGUAUAUUAUGCGGUUUAAUUCUAGAUAAGAUAAUGAGAGAUGAAUCACAAAUAUUUGAAAUAGUUAGCGGUACUCGUAUAGUCAGUCCUGAUGUUAAUUUGUCUGAUAUAGACAUGAUACUACUUCGAACUUUUGCCCUCAUCUCUACUCAUGAAUCAUUUAUACCAUAUUUGGAAGACAAGGAAAAUAAUUCUUUUAAUAUAUUUAUCGAUCUACUAAAAUUAAUGCAAUUAGUCGUCACAAAUAUAGAUAGUUGGGACAAAUUUCAACUCACAUCCAUAAUGACUUGGACAUACAAGAUUUUUGAGAAAAACGCUGAUCAGAUUAAAAAUUACUUUAAAAAUAAGUUGGAAAAUGAAGAGAUUGCGAAGAAACUUCACGCCAAGUGUGUUAUUACAUUAGACAUUAUGGCUAAAUUGUGCCAAUUCAACCAUGUCCAAAAAUUUAUUAUAUCAUAUAAAGGUUUAGAUCAGCUCAUAUCAUUACUGAAUAUAUUCCAGGAUAACCUUAUAAGAGUGAACUUUACUAAAACAAGUCAAGCGUCUGAUAUUACUGGUGUCAAGGCCACGAAUAAACUAGGUGAAAAGCUGGCCAAAGAUUCAUUGAUUGAAGAGCGUAUUGACUUAAUUAACAUGAAAAUAAAAGAAACCAAUUUCCCUGAGUGUAAACUAUUGAUUAUAGAAAUUAUUGCGAUGCUCACACAUGAAAAUAGGGAAAUUCAGAAUCAAGUUAGAGAGUUAGGUGGUCUAGGGGUGAUUCUGUCUAAUUGUGUUAUUGAUGACAACGACCCAUUCAUCAAGGAAAGAAGUAUAAUGUGUAUUAAAUUCUUAUUAAAAGACAACAAAGAGAAUCAGAAUUUUGUGGCUAACCUUGAAUCCAAAAGAGUCGCCAACGAUGAAACUUUACAGGAGGCUGGCUAUGAGGUUGACAUCUCAAAAGAUGGUAAACUCUCUCUAAAAUCGACUAAUCAGUGA